AUGAACCUCCCCAAGAGUCUGGCACAGGCCAGCUUGCCAUGGUACGGCAUCGACUUCGGCAAUGGCCUCCCCAACGGCAGAUUCACCAAUGGCAGAACCGUUGCUGACAUUAUCGGUACGAACGAACGAACGAGCAGUAAUUUACCGCCGCCGUUCUUGGAUUCGUCCUUGUCGGAGGAUGUAAUACUGAGCAACGGCGUGAAUUUCGCGUCUGGAGGCGGCGGCAUCUUGAACGAAACCGGUGGCCUCUUCAUACAGAGGAUUUCACUGAGCAGGCAGAUUGAGCUGUUCCAGGGGACCCAGCAGCUGAUUGCAGACAAGAUAGGGAAAGAGGAAGCGGACAAGUUCUUCCAAGACGGUCGCUACGUUGUAGCCUUGGGAAGCAAUGACUUCAUCAACAACUACUUGAUGCCCGUUUACAGCGAUUCCUGGAAGUACAACGACCAAACCUUCAUCGACUACCUCAUGGAAACUCUGGGUGCCCAGCUCAAGGUGUUGCACAGUUUGGGGGCGAGGCAGCUGAUGGUGUUCGGAUUAGGACCAAUGGGCUGCAUCCCACUCCAAAGGGUGCUAAGCUCAUCAGGAGGGUGCCAAGAUCGAACCAACAAGCUGGCUCUCAGCUUUAACAAAGCUACCGACCAGCUGGUCACCGGUUUGUCAGCCCAGCUCGCCAAUGCCAGCUUCAAGUUCGGGGAUGCUUAUGAUGUCGUCAAUGAUUUGAUCACCAGUCCCAAAAAACACGGCUUCAGCAACGCAGACUCGCCGUGUUGUUCCAUGGGGAGGAUAAGGCCGGCGAUAACGUGUACGCCGAUGUCAACGCUGUGCAAGGACAGGAGCAAGUACGUGUUCUGGGAUGAAUACCAUCCGUCGGAUAGAGCCAACCAGAUGAUUGCUGACGAGCUCAUCAAGAAGUUUGGGUUUCUCAUCUCUCCUUCCCCUGCUCCAGAUUCUGCUCCUUCCCCUGACUCAUCUUAA